AUGGCAGAAGAAAAGGCGAAACAGUUUAUACAAUCUAGCAAUGCGACAGACAGUCAAGCUUACUGCGCCAACUUUGGCGCACAUAAGCCUGGAAUGAGUAUGGAAGAAGUCGCUGAAUACUAUUCUAAAUGGGCAGCAGAUUAUGAACACGAUCUGAGCCAAGACAGAUAUCUAGGUCCAUAUUACGCAUGCAAGGCAGUGGCAGAGGAAUUUCCACUUACCUUGGGGGACAGGAAGUCUGUGAGAAUUUUAGAUGUGGCCUGUGGUACUGGCUUUUUAGGAGAAAAGUUAAAGGAGGAAGGAUUCACAAAUGUGGACGGGCUCGACCCAUCUGAUAAGAUGCUUGAUGUCGCCAGGGCAAAAGACGUAUAUAACAAAUUAUACUGCGAGUUCAUGUCCGAAGCAACACUCCCGAUAGACAACGGUACCUACUCCUGUGUCGUGGUUGCAGGCGGGAUGGGCGAGGGCCACAUUCCGUGUGCUGCUCUAACAGAGAUGAUCAGAAUAGUCAAACCCGGUGGAUACGUCAUUAUCGUGAUGAGGGAGGAAUAUCUUUCGCACGUGCAAGAAUACAAGGGAAAACUCGAACAAAGAUUCAUGGAACUUGAGAAUGAAGGGAGAUGGAAAAGUUGUCCCAGAAAAAUUGUACCCAAGUAUUCAUUCGACAAUAAUGGAAUAAUAUUUAAGUUCAAGGUCUGUUAA